AUGGCAACCAAUGAGCUAUCGAGGCUAUUCUUGGACCUCAAAAUAAAAACCGAGGAUAGUCGAGUUAAAGCGGCGAAUGAACUUCGGGAUCUUGUGUCUGCCACAUCAAGGGAAAUCACCGGAGAAGCAUUUGCAAAAUUCAAUAAUGAACUUUACAAGCGUAUUUUUGAAUUAGUGGCAAGCCCAGAAAAUACAGACAAGUUUGCAGGGGUUAUAGCUAUUGAACGUUUGAUUGAUCUUGAAAGCGGUGACGAGAAUACUUCAAAAAUAUCCAGAUUUGCAAAUUACUUGCACAAUGUGCUUCCAGGAACAGAUCCACAAAUCACUAUUCUUGCGACCAAAGCACUAGUAUGUUUUAACUCAGGUCGGCUUGUAAAUCCAAUUAAAGGAUUAUCCACUGAUUUUGUUGAAGCAGAAAUCAAGCGUGCAUUUGAAUGGUUGCAGGGGGAACGGAUUGAGACACGGCGGUAUGCUGCAGUACUGAUAUUAAAGGAACUGACAGCUAAUGCACCGUCAAUCGUAUAUUCUUUUGUUCCGCAAAUUCUGGAUCUCAUAUGGGCUGCAUUGCGUGAUCCAAAGAUUAAUAUUCGAGAGUCUGCAGCAGAAGCACUAAGUGAAUGCUUGACACUUGUUCAAGCUCGUGAAACCCAGUACAAGCGACAAACGUAUAAAUCCAUUUUUGAAGAGUGUCAAAGAGGGUUUAAAAUGGUCUCUGCAGAUGCGCUUCAUGGGUCUCUUCUUGCACUUCGUGAAAUUCUUACUCAUACUACCAAAUUUAUGGAUGGUGGUCGCUACAACGACGUUUGUGAAACAAUCAUGAGAUUCAAAGAACAUAAAGAUUUGAUGAUCAGAAAAACUGUAAUUUCUGUGAUUUCAAAUAUUGCACAGUUUGACCCUGACCAGUUUGUUGAGAAGCACCUGGCUAUAAGCAUGUCAUAUCUACUGCUUCAGCUGAAAAAAGAAAAGGAGCGAUCGAUUGCUUUUAUUUCAGUUGGAAAGGUUGCAAUAGCGAUUGGUCGUAGUGUUGCACCAUAUUUAGAUGCCGUUUUAUCGUGUAUCCGAGAAGCGCUGGCAGUCAAAGUAAAAAGCCGAAUACAAAUCGAUAGUUCGCCAUUUCAAUGCAUUGGAAUGCUUGCAAUUGCUGUAGGGCCGGCUUUGACGAAGCAUAUGCACGAACUGCUUGAUUGCAUGUUUGUUAGUGGGUUGACUGAGCCUCUUUGUCAAGCUUUGAUCGACAUUUCAUGUCACAUACCUCCACUUCUGCCAACAAUUCAAGCUCGUCUACUUGAUGCUUUUACAGCCAUUUUGUGCAACCGAUCUACACAGGUUGGUGCCUUUCAGACACGAAUGAUUGUGCCAGGAACAGUUCGUGAAACAAUGCCACUGGAGGUUCGAGAUAAUGAAGCCAUUAAGCUGGCUUUGACGACUCUAGGCAGUUUUGAUUUAAACUAUUCCACCAUGCAAGAUCUAGUACUAGAAUGUGCAGAUACGUAUCUUGAAGAUGACAACAUUGAUAUUCGAAAAGCCGCAGCCGUUGCAUGCUGUCAAAUUCUUGUUCGUCAUCCUUUGCGACAUCAGAGCACAAAUUCUUCUGCAACUUUGGUAAAUAAACUUUUAGAGCGUAUGAUUGCAGUUGGUAUUACUGAUCCAGAACCAUCAAUCCGACACAUUGUACUGUCAUCGUUUGACGAAAGUCUUGACCAUCUUCUUGCCAAAUCUGACUAUGCCAGAUCGCUUUUGGUUGCAUUGAAUGAUGAGGUGUUUGUGAUUAGAGAAACGGUAAUUUCAAAGGUCGGACGACUGGCACUUUACAACCCAUCAUUUGUGAUGCCUAAGCUUCGAAAUUUUUUGAUCAAAUUGUUGACUGAAUUGGAGUAUGCUGCAUCAAGUCGUCAAAAAGAAGAAAGUGCACAACUGCUGGCUUUUUUGUUUGGCUCUACACAGCGUUUGGUAGAACCGUAUGUUGAGCCCAUUUUAAAAGUGUUACUGUCCAAAGCACGCGAUGCUAGUCCCGGUGUUGCUUCAAAGGUUUUGACCGCAAUUGGAGAGCUUGCAUAUCUUGGAUGUGAAGAAUUGGCGCCAUAUUUGGACGACUUGAUGGCCAUUAUAUUAGAAACUCUUCAAGAUCAAAGCUCAUUUAGUAAGCGAGAAGCGGCGAUUCGAACUUUAUCGCGUAUCAUAUCAAGAACAGGCUGGGUAAUUGAGCCGUUUAUCAAGUACCCAAACCUACUUAAUUAUCUUAUCGCCAUUCUUAAAAGUGAACAAAGUCCGCCUAUUCGUCGUGAAACUGUUAAAGUAAUUGGUGUUUUAGGAGCAUUGGACCCAUAUCGACAUAAGCUUGCAUCACGACAUACCGAUACUGCUGCUGCUGCAUCUGCCUAUCUGACAAUGGCCACACACAUCAGCCCUUCCUCGGACGAGUAUUUCCCAACCAUUGCAACUAUUGCUCUUAUGAAGAUUUUGCGCGAUCCUUCAUUAAGUAUUCAUCACGCAGCUGUAGUAAAUGCGGUCAUGAUUAUGUUUCGUACAUUGGGCCUAAAAUGUGUUUCUUUGCUACCACAAAUUAUGCCACCACUCUUGGCUGUGAUGAAAGCCUGUCCUCCUAGUGUGCUUGAUACAUACUUUCAAAAUUUGGGAGCGCUAGUUUCAAUAGUAAAACUAAAUAUGCAAAGCUAUAUUGGCGACAUUAUUGCUUUGAUUCAGGAGUACUGGAAUGUCUCUGUCAACAUUCAAAAUGCUGCCCUGUCGUUGGUCGAGCAAAUUACUUUGGCUUUAGAAGAGGAUUUUAAAGUUUAUCUUCCAACAUUACUUCCGCAACUGCUCCAAAUAUUCGAUACUGAUAAUUCAGAAAAACGCCAAACCUCAUCUCGACUCCUGAGUACACUUGCUUACUGUGGACAGAUUUUGGAAGAGUAUCUACAUUUGGUUAUUCCGACUGUCAUUCGAGUGAUUGAGAGAUUAGACCAUCCAGUUUUUUUUCGAAAGCAAGCCAUUCAACUAAUUGUUUGCUUGGCAAGAAAACUCACUUUGCAUGACCAAUGUUCAAGGCUAAUUCAUCCUCUUAUUCGCGUUUUGAAAUCUUCAUCCGCUGAACUGCAUUCUGUUUCUAUUGAUGCGUUGUGCAGAAUAGCACAUCAAAUGCAAGAGGACUUUGUUAUUUUUAUUCCUGUUAUUACAAAAGUUUUGGCACAAAGUCAUAUUCGAAACUACCAGUUUGAAGCAAUUGUUUCAAAACUAUUGCACAAUGAGCUGCUUUCUGACAAUGACAGCCUAGAUACAGAUGAGGGUUUUAGCGAUCCAACCCCAAUUGAAAUACCUGUUGAAGUAUCUACAAAAAAAUUGCCAUUCAAUCAACAGCAACUUCGUAAAGCAUGGGAAGUCUCGCAAAGAUCCACCAAAGAUGACUGGAAUGAAUGGAUUCGAAGGUUUGGUGUAGAACUACUCAAGGAAUCUCCUUCACAUGCUUUGCGCGCCUGUGCCAGUCUUGCUGGCUCAUACCCUGUUUUAGCACGCGAACUAUUCAACCCCGCGUUUGUAUCUUGCUGGGGUGAAUUAUAUGAUCAGUUCCAAGAUGAGCUGGUCAAAUCACUGGAAACUGCUUUGACCUCUCCUAAUAUUCCUCCAGAAACACUGCAAACAUUGCUAAAUCUAGCAGAGUUUAUGGAACACGAUGAUAAAGCAUUGCCAAUUGACAUACGCACAUUGGGAUUAUAUGCCGCAAAAUGUCAUGCAUAUGCCAAGGCGCUGCACUACAAAGAACUCGAGUUCAUAUCAGAACCGCUUACCAAUACAAUUGAAGCUCUCAUUAGUAUCAACAAUCAACUUCAACAGCCUGACUCAGCCAUAGGUGUUUUGACACAUGCACAGCAAAAUCAUAACGUUGAACUUAAAGAAUCUUGGUACGAAAAGCUUAAUCGAUGGGAAGAUGGCCUUGCUGCAUAUGAGCGAAAACAAGCAGAAGAUCCAAACUCGGUCGAAGCUUUACUUGGUCGAAUGCGGUGUCUCCACAAUCUUGGCAGAUGGGAAGCUCUUGCAGAACUAUCUCAAGAACGAUGGAGUAGCUCACGAUCAGAUGUGAAAAAAGCCAUGUCGUCACUUGCUGCGGCCGCUGCCUGGGGUGUUGGGCAAUGGGAUGUUAUGGAUGAAUAUAUUUCUAUGAUGAAGCAAGAUUCGCACGACAGUGUGUUUUUUCGGGCUAUUUUGGCAUUGCAUCGCAACUUAUACCCUCAAGCUUUGGGAUAUAUUGAAAAAACACGCGAUCUGUUGGAUGCUGAGCUGCCUGCAAUUGUUAGUGAAAGCUAUACCCGGGCUUAUAACACUGUUGUCCGUAUUCAAAUGCUAGCAGAACUAGAAGAAAUUAUCAUGUAUAAGCAAGCGUAUGAUCAGCCUGACAUACAGGCUUUUAUUCGAAAAACCUGGAUGGCAAGAAUUAAAGGAUGUAAAUGCAAUGUUGAAGUAUGGCAGCGGAUCUUAAAAGUACGCACGUUGGUAGUUGCACCAAAGGACGAUGUUGAGAUUUGGAUCAAAUUUGCUAGCUUAUGUCGCAAAAGCGGACGUUUAAGUCUAUCAUGCAAAUCUCUUUCUAUUUUGCUCACAGAACCCUCCAAAGAUUUAAAAACAAUGUCUUUUGUCAAUGAUCAUCCUGCCGUAGUAUAUGCGUCAUUGAAGCAUAUGUGGGCUGCUGGAGACCGUGAACAGGCAUAUUUGCACAUGAAAGAAUUUAGCAAAGUGCUUUCUGAAAAACAUGGGAUUUUAAUUGAGAGUUCAGGGGGAAAUACUGUAUGCAUAAAUGACAAAUCUACACCUGAACAGAACGGAUUGCAAUCAAGGCUAGCUCGAUGCUAUUUAAAGCUUGGAGACUGGACACUUGCUUUAAAAGAAGAACUUACAGAGUCAAUUAUUCCAGAAAUUUUAGAUUCCUAUUUUGCUGCUACACAAUGCGACAAGAAUUGGUACAAGGCAUGGCAUGCUUGGGCACUGGCAAACUUUGAAGUCUUGGCGUAUCAAGAAAAAAUCCAUGAUCAAAUUCCCAACAAUGUAUUGAUUGCCCAUGCGGUUCCUUCAGUUCAGGGGUUUUUUAGAUCUAUUGCCCUUUCAACUGGUAGUUCACUUCAAGACACACUUCGGCUGCUUACUCUUUGGUUCAAGUAUGGAUUCAAUAACGAUGUAAAUAUUGCUGUGGGAGAGGGAUUCGGCACUGUUUCUGUUGACACGUGGUUGGAUGUGAUACCCCAACUGAUUGCUCGCAUUCAUGCAACGAGCUCCAACGUACGUCGUCUUAUUCACCAGCUUCUUUCCGACGUAGGCAAAGAGCAUCCUCAAGCUCUUGUAUAUUCUCUUACAGUCGCAUCAAAAUCUCAAGGUGAUGCACGGCAAAAAUCUGCAUUGGCAAUUUUGGAUAAGAUGCGAGUUCAUAGUGAUAACCUUGUUGAGCAGGCUCUUUUAGUUAGUCAAGAACUUAUUCGCGUUGCUAUUCUGUGGCCAGAGAUGUGGCACGAAGGGCUUGAGGAUGCAUCACGUCUUUAUUUUGGUGAACAAAACGUGGAGGGCAUGAUUGCGAAUUUACAGCCAUUGCAUUUGAUGCUUGAAAGAGGUCCCGAGACAUUUCGUGAAGUAGCGUUUAUGCAGGCUUAUGGACGUGAUCUUGCUGAAGCGUUUGAGUGGAGCAAGAAAUACAAACACACACUGCAUUCUGAUGAUUUAAAUCAAGCUUGGGAUUUAUACUACCAAGUGUUCAAAAAAGUGAGCAAGCUAUUGCCGCAGCUCAACUCGCUUGAAAUGCAAUAUGUAUCUCCGAAAUUAUUGAAAGCCCAAGAUUUUGAUUUAGCUGUACCAGGAUCAUAUCGAAGCGGUGAUCCUAUUGUUCGAAUUGGGUCAUUUUUACCUACACUGACGGUCAUGGCCUCCAAACAACGACCUCGACGUAUCAACAUUCGCGGCAGUGAUGGAAAAGAGUAUCAGUAUUUACUAAAAGGACAUGAGGAUCUUCGACAGGAUGAGCGGGUUAUGCAGUUGUUUGGUCUAGUGAACACGCUAUUGAAUGUGGAUGCAGAGACAUAUAAGCGGCACCUUGUCAUUCAUCGCUAUCCCGUCAUUCCACUUUCACCCAAUUCUGGACUCAUUGGGUGGGUUCCCCAUUGUGAUACGUUACAUUCAUUGAUUCGUGAUUAUCGAGAAAGUCGAAAAAUUCUGUUGAAUAUUGAACAACGGCUCAUGCUUCAGAUGGCACCUGAUUAUGAUAAUCUGUCCCUUUUGAAAAAAGUCGAAGUAUUUGAUUAUGCUUUGGAAAACACAACUGGGCAAGAUCUAUACAAGGUGUUGUGGCUUAAAUCAAAAAACUCGGAGGUGUGGCUGGAUCGACGGACCAAUUACACACGUUCUUUGGCAGUCAUGUCCAUGGUUGGGUAUAUUCUUGGACUUGGAGAUCGACACCCAUCUAAUUUGAUGUUGGAUCGAUUUACUGGAAAAGUUAUCCAUAUUGAUUUUGGUGACUGCUUUGAGGUUGCGAUUCAUCGUGAUAAAUUUCCUGAGCGCAUUCCGUUUAGACUUACUCGGAUGUUGAUCCAUGCUAUGGAGGUUAGUGGUAUUGAAGGAACUUUUCGAAUCACUUGCGAAAACGUAAUGCGUGUUCUCCGCGAGAAUAAGGACAGUCUUAUGGCUGUUUUGGAGGCAUUUGUAUACGAUCCACUGAUCAAUUGGCGUCUGAUGACGCAUACCAGUCCAAAACAAGAUGGAAAGCAUGGGCGACAACAUAAACUAGAUCACGAACUGGCUGAAGGUGACCGUGAAACUUCGAAUGCCACCAAUAAUCGCAAGCUUCCACGAGGCAGAAACGAGAAUGAAGAUCAUUCAGUUGAUAGUGAGUUUAUCAAUAAGCCAGAAGGCAUGAAUGCUCGUGCACUUACGGUUAUUAGUCGAGUUUCAAACAAGCUUACUGGUCGUGAUUUUAAACCUACGGUAACGCUUGAUGUACCACUUCAAGUUCAAAAACUGAUUCUACAAGCGACAUCGUUUGAAAAUCUAUGCCAAUGCUAUGCUGGAUGGUGUGCUUCUUGGUAAGAUGCGUAAAUAUUUUCACAAGUUUGGCUCACUACAAGCCAAGUAGAGUUGAAAUGAACACUGGCCAUGUUUAAAUUUGAAUAAAUAGUUUGAUUUUAAAG